UUUGAUUGAAGUUGGAAGUGAUUGUGAGUGUGAGUGUUAGGUUUCAUUUGAUGAAUGGCUUCUUCAGGUGGAAUCAACACGACAACGGGUGUGGGUGUGGAAUGGCACGUGCGUCCUCAAAACCCUAAGAACCCCAUCGUCUUCUUCGAUGUCACCAUCGGUAACAUACCAGCUGGUAGAAUCAAGAUGGAACUCUUUGCUGAUAUUGCCCCCAAAACCGCCGAGAAUUUCAGGCAGCUCUGCACAGGAGAGUACAGGAAAGCGGGACUGCCUGUUGGUUAUAAGGGUUGUCAAUUUCAUAGGGUGAUUAAGGAUUUUAUGAUUCAGGCUGGUGAUUUUGUAAAGGGUGAUGGUAGUGGAUGUGUUUCCAUUUAUGGACUCAAGUUUGAUGAUGAAAAUUUUAUUGCCAAACACACUGGCCCUGGUCUUCUCUCAAUGGCAAAUAGCGGACAAAAUACCAAUGGUUGUCAGUUCUUUAUAACUUGUGCAAAAUGCGAUUGGCUUGACAACAAGCAUGUCGUUUUUGGGAGAGUGCUUGGAGAUGGUCUUUUGGUUGUGAGGAAGAUUGAGAAUGUUGCAACUGGACCCAAUAACCGGCCAAAAUUAGCUUGCGUCAUUGCUGAAUGCGGUGAAAUGUAAAUUUUAACGUAAUUUUGCUAACAAACAAUAGUCCUCCAAGAAUCAAUAGAUUAAAUUCUCUGUACCCACUGUCAUUUACUAUACAGAUGUGGGCUUUCUGUUCAAUCUUAAAUUGUGGCCCUUGAAACUAAAUAUGCUUGGUAUAAGAUUUUUUCUGUGUAAGACUGGAUAAUUAUAUUACAUGAGAGAGUUGAAUAGCACUACCAAUUGAAUAAUCAUGCUUGG